CUAGUAGAUGGAACCCAGGUAGGAUGGCAGAGUCAUGAGACCAUUUUUGGAACGCGUCCAACCGAGAGGAAAAACGAAAGAAGCUGGAAGCUUGAGAGGUGAGGUGUGGAGAGCUAUUCGAGGUAGGAUUUCUUGGUACUUUCCACUACCAGAUAGUUACCAGUUCACUUUGGAGGCGACGGGAACAAAGAACUAAGAAGAAGAAUCAAAGCGCAAAUAUGAAGCUCGCUACUUUGGCCAUCUUGGUUGGUUGUGUCAUUGUCGACAGAGAAGUAUCGGCACUCAAAUGUUUCGUUGGAAGUGGCAACUCGUCGGACAUUUUGCCGGCCACUCCUGAGGAUUACAAAGCCCAUGAGAUGGACAACAGCCAGCACGAGUUCAAGAUCAUGACCUGUGGAACGGCUAACUCGGAGCUGGUCAGCUUUGAUCGUCUUGUGAGCAAUGUGACCAGCCAGAUUCAAUCCAAGUUGGGUGGAUUGGCGGACAAGGCCGCCAAUGCUCUGAGUGGAAGUCGCAAGAAACGAGAGGAUUCGGAUUAUGCUUGCGCCAAGAUCCGGAUGGGUGGCACGUCUCAUCGAUCCUGUGUGAGCAAGAUCAGCGACAUCAAGUUGAAUUGCACAUCGGCUGUGGGUCAACUGGCUUUGUGCUAUUGUCACGAAGAUCAUUGCAAUUCGGCUUCGAGACCAACUGGCCUUUGGAUGGCCAGUACAGUGGUGCUGUUUGCGGCAGUUGUGACCUUUGGCAAGAUGCAAGAAUGAAUGACUUGAAGAAUGAUGUCUGAGUACUUCAUGACCACUCUUGAUUCAAGAUUUUGUUCUUAAGGUGCAAAAUAAACCUGUUUUUUAUAUAUAAAAA